UUACGACCUCAGACAGCUCGUGUUAGCCUCUGCUGCUUAGCUAACGGCUAAUAAAGUCCGGGAGGAAGAGCCGAAAACGAGCGGGUCGCUGCUGCUGCUGCUGCUGCUGAGCCUCAACUCUCUGCUCGGUGUUUGAGCCGCUUCGAAGCCUGCAGGGAACAUGUCAGCCGCGCAGAACGAGUCCAGGAAGCGGAGCAAGAAGCGCUAUGGGGCCGGUCACCACAGCAAGAGGUGGAAGGGCUCCCGGGAGCUGGAGGUGGGCAUGGAGGGGAUCCUCAUCACAUGCAACAUGAACGAGAGAAAGUGCACCGCCGAGGCCUUCAAUCUGCUCAGUGAAUACGCAGAGCAGCUGUACGGGCCUGAGAAGCUGCAGGAAAAUGCUGGUAGCAGCAGUGACGAAGAGGAGGCUGAGGAGGAAGAUGUUGAUGUUGCACUGAAGAAAGAAGUGGCACAGCUGCAGGCAUCUGGAACUAAACAGGAGAGACGCUUCCAGGCUCUCGAUAGCGGAGCAAACAACGUCAUCUUCAUCCGAACUCAGAAUCUAGAAUCUGACAAACUGGUUCAUCACAUCCUGUCUGAUCUUCACAUGACCAAGAAGAAGAAGUCACGCGUGAUCCUCCGAAUGCUGCCGGUGACUGGAACAUGCAAGGCCUUCCAGGAAGACAUGGUGAAAUACCUGACCACAUUCCUGGAGCCUUGGUUCAAAACCCCAAACUGUGCUACCUACCAGAUCGCUUUCAAGGCUCGCAACAGCAGCCACAACAAGAGGGAUGAAAUCAUCAAAUCUAUUGCAGGUCUUGUGGGGAAGUUAAACCCAAAAAACAAAGUGGAUUUGACUAAUCCUGAACUGACGAUCAUUGUGGAGGUCAUCAAGGCCGUGUGUUGCAUCAGUGUGGUAAAAGACUAUACACUGUAUAGAAAGUACAACGUACAGGAAGUAGUGAAAGAGGACGUACCCAAGCCUGAUGGGACCGCAGCAAAAAUAGAUUCAAACACAACCGAGAAGAAGGAGAAACAAGAUGCAAGGGAGACGGACAAAGAAAAGAAGAAAGGUGAAGACAACGAGGACAAAAAUGAGUCAGAGGACAAGAAGGAGGCUGAUAAUGGUGAAGGUGGGGGGGAGUAAAAGCUCACAUUUACAGAAACCUCAUGGUCAGUUGAUGAGACAUCAUCUUAAGUUGCUUUAUAUUCUAGUGUGUUUGUGUUACAUGGACUGAUAACAUGUUUUGUAAAAACAUUCAGGUUGGCAAAAGUCAAAAUGAUCGUAAUAUAAUUUAAUGUUUUUUAAUGUUCAUAAACUGAGCUGUCUCUUUCAGAAAACCGUGGUUUUGAAUUAACUUUACAUACCAAUAUAACUGCCAGCAGCUGACAGUUUUUCAAUCUGAAUUUGAUUUUUAAUGUCUGUGUCAGUUUAUUUUUGACAUUUUUACUCAAAAAAGAGGAGUUUUGCUCAGGUUAACAGGUGUGUCACAUUUCAUAUCUGUCUGGCUUUUGUAACUGUUGUUUCCUAAGCUAGUCCCCAAUUAAAACUACCUGUGUGUUUGACUGA